AUGUUUACAAACUACAAUGAAAAUGCCAAUUGUAAUCAAUAAUGUUCCCUGAAAUGUUUGUUUUUCAAUGGAUUUUAUAUUGAGGUUUUAUUUAGUAUGGAGCUACAUGUACAUGGAGUCUAUAGAAGUACCGUGGUUAAACAUAGUAGUUGUUAUAAAUAGUUUUAUGUCAGUGGUAUUAAAAACCACAACCACUUUGGAAUACUUGUGGCUACACUUAUGAUCACUUUAUUUCAUUAUUUUGAUGAAGUAAACACUCUUUGAACUCUCUCAUUACAUCUGUUCUUGUGUAUAGGCCCUUUUUGUCAUUACUUGUAUGUUUUUAUGUGUUGAAGUCAAAUGAUAAUAUGUGACUUCGACAUAUUUUCUGGAAUGUGAAACAAUGAAAUAAAAUCAAAUGAAAUUAAACAAAUCUCUCUCUUUCCGUCUUGCCCUCACUCUCACUCCCCCUCUCUCCCUUUUUCUUCCCCUCUCUCUCUUUCACUCUCUAUCUCUGUAUCCAUCUUCUCUCUGUCUUUGCCUAUCUAUCACAGGUUUUGAUCUGAAUAAUCAAUUAGAUGAUCUCAUUCAGUACAGCUUUGAGACGGACGAGUGGACUCAGAUCACGCCAAAUGGAAGUGUCAAACCGAGUGGUCGGUAUCGGCAUACCAUGGAGCUGUAUGAGAACCACCUUCUGGUCUUUGGAGGAAUCCUAACCAACGGAUCCUGGUCCAACGAGCUCUGGUCCUUCGACCUUGCUACCCUCAGCUGGGAGCUACUACCGUCUGGAACUGAUUCGGUCCCUCCGGGCUUGGCGCACCAUUCCUCCUGUAUAGUGGAAUAUUCUUAUCUUGUUGUCAUAGGAGGUGCCAGUGAAGACGGGACCUUCUUAGGAACAAUCUACAAGUAUGAUCUUCAGCUGCUUCAGGGAUGGGAAGAGAUCACUCCUCGUGGUGGGCUGGAAAGAGAAGUCAGACUACGAGAUCACUCAAGUGUAUAUCACUAUGAUACCAAGUCUAUUAUCGUCUUCGGUGGACUAAAAUCACCUCAAACGCACAAUACACUAGUGAGUAGUAGAAUAAACACUGUGUAUGCCUUUCAGUUUGAGGAUCGCUACUGGACCAAGCUGGCCUCGUCUGGAAGUGUAAGAGCUAGGUCUUACCACACAGCAAACAUCAUAGGCAACUAUAUGGUGGUAUACGGAGGAAACGUCCAUCACCAUCUCUCGAACACCGGUGGUUUUGUGGUGGUAGAGGAUUAUGGUGACCAUGAAAAAUGCUUUGAAGAUGGGAUAGAACUGUAUCACCUCGGAUGCCAUAAAUGGAUAUCAUUCAGUGAGAUGGCCGGAGACUUUCAAGAACCUGGACCAUACAAUCCUCACACCGUCACAAAGGGACGAUUUGCCCAUAGUGCAGUGGUACGAGACCAAACAACCUUGGUCGUCAUCGGUGGAUUCAACGGAGUCACUCAGAGCGAUGUUUUCGCCGUCAAGAUGCCUGGCACCGUUUCUAUCAACCCCGCAACAGCAAACCAAAGUUUGAAUCCAUGUGGCUCUCAUAAAAGUGAGAAUAAUUGCACCCUUGAUCCAGCGUGUGGUUGGUGUCCUCAGUCUAGCACCUGUCUGGGCUUCUCUGAUAGUCAGUCUUGUUCAGGCACACUGCUCCAGCCCGAGUGUCCGGGUAUAUGCAGUGCUCUGAUCACAUGUGAGGCUUGUAUGCUGUGGGGUCAGGGAGCCCAGACAGCGACCUUUGACCCUGAGGUCACCCAUGUCAACGAGCAGUGUGGCUGGUGUGUGCAGGAUCGUGCCUGUUACUCUCUAUCGGCUCCAUCGGGUACGUGUGAUCCAUCUGCCGGUGAUUCUGGUGCGUGGUGGGGACCUUCAUCAACCUUCAUUGCAUCCUUUGACCAGUGUAAGACUGCUGACUUUCCUCCUGGUAUAACCAUGAUGAGAUACACCCAUCCGCAGAACUUAUCUUAUCCAGAUCAGGUGUCCAUAAUAACAACUACCCAGCAGACAGUCAGCUACUACCCUGUCCUGCAAUCCUCAGAGGUGAGCGCUGGUGGGUACUACACAGUGGUCUUCAAGGGAUUCCUCUACCCUCAGGGCGCAACGUCGCCAUCGGUCUGGAUCAAGGCCACCAGAGCAGAGGCUACUCUGACCAUGAGCACGGAUGAAAACCCUUCGAAUGCAGUGAAGGUAGCUGAAAGAGCUCUAAGCAGUACAAACGAGUCGCCCAUCCUGGCCAAGCGUACUCCUACCACCGAUCCUAUCUUCCCUGACACCAGCCCGGGGACCAAGUACUAUACGAUCAUGGAGGAGAGGAAAGAGAUCACAUCAAACAUGCAAUACAUCAGCUCUGCUAUGGAACUUCGCUGGAAUGGUUAUGUUCCCAGUGGUCUCACAUACCAUAGCUUCACCUCAGACUACCUCCAGCCGUACAAAUCCGACUCCUGCACCAAUUACUCCACCUGCCGGGGGUGUCUGACCGAUGCUGCGUGUGGCUGGUGUCCUGUGAGCGAUACGUGUGAGCUCCGGGAUGGACCAACCCUUUCCAUGGACCGCUGCGGGACUUCCUCGAGACCCAUCGAGCACUAUCUGGUCUUGGAUGUGGACAAUUGUGGGAAUUGCAGUCAGCAUUGGAACUGUGACCUGUGCACGUCGGAUCCGUUGUGUGAGUGGAUGAAUGCUGAUGUAUCCUGUACCAGGCGAGGGCGCUUUGACCACGCGUUGAAGGAUCCAGGAGAGUGUCCUCCAAAGUGCCAGGAGAUCACUGACUGCAAGAGUUGCAUUGAUAUCAAGAACUGUGCAUGGUGUGCCGACACGAUGACCUGUUUACACUUUCCAACGUACAUCUCUUCCUUUAUCCAUGGGGAGUGUUCUCACUGGUUUGAUCAGGAAGACUCUGUCUGUCCAUCUUGUUCUGCUCAUCAGAACUGCCCUGACUGUCUGGAUACCUUCCAGUGCGGCUGGUGCGGGAAUACAAACGAUCCAGACAUUGGAGUUUGUCAGUCUGGGGAUUUCAACGGCCCCUACUCCACUAUGAACUGUUCGGCCUCUGUGUCUGAAGCCCACGAGACAUCCAUUCUAUCGCCAGCUGACUGGUCGUACGAACAAUGUCCGGAUGUUGAUGAGUGCAGACUUGACCGACAUGAUUGCCAUGCCAAUGCUACAUGUACUAAUACGUAUGAGGGAUUUGAUUGCAGGUGUAACUAUGGAUUCAAAGGGGAUGGAAGGAUCUCGUGUAAUAGCACAUGCUUCCAUACAUGUGAGUUUGGCUACUGCAGUGGCUCACCAGACUUUGAGUGUAUCUGUGACCUUGGCUGGACUGGGGUUAGCUGCAACAUAAGCUGCGGGUGCAACAAUCACAGCACUUGCGUCAAUGGGGUGGGACUGUGUGACCAAUGUCAAGAAUGGUCUACCGGCUCCCACUGUCAGUAUUGUUUACCAGGUAGCUAUGGCGAUGCUACUUCACCCACUGGCUGUGUGGAGUGUGAUUGCCAUGGUCAUGGGAACGCAUCUUUGGGUAACUGUGAUGGAUCGACGGGUGUCUGUUAUUGUACUGGUAAUACACUGGGAGACUAUUGUGAGACGUGUGAAGAAGGUUUCUUUGGAGAACCACAGAAUGGCGGAAAGUGCUACCAGAAGUGCAAUGGGCGAUCCAUACUGACCAACGUCCAUUCCUCAAGACUAGGUUCCUUUGAGGGUCUUGGUGUGCAGGAUCCCAAUCAUGGAUACUGUCUCUGGGUUUUGACUACCUUCGACAGUCUGGUCCAAGCUUCGGGAGCACUCAGCUCUCCUGGAGCCAUAACACUUACAGUAGACACCCUGGAUGUAGAGUGUGGGCGAGAUUACGUUCAUGUCUACGACGGCAUCCCUCAACAUCUAUGGGAAAACUUUGGUGUAUCUAUGGAAAGCCAAGAGAUUGGGGCUUACUGCGGUCACUCAUCUAGCUCAGACAUCACAACAACUUCAUAUUCAGGUGUAAUGACAAUUGCCUUCCAAGCCAAUGUUAGUGCGACAUCGCCGACGCAGGGCUUCACCGCGGUCUACGACGUCCGCACCUGCCAGGAGGAUUGCGACGGUAACUGGCACUGUGCCAACGAAGACGAGGAUGAAGUGGAGGACGAUCAGGUGUGCGAAUGCAGGGCGGGGUUUACUGGUGAUGACUGUGAAGAGGAGAUAUGCCCUGACGACUGUGGGUUGCUUGAGGGGCGUGGGAUGUGUAAUGAUCAUCUACUCCUUUGCAUAUGCAACGAGGGCUACAGCGGUGCUGCAUGUGAUAUCGUUACAGCGCCCUCAAAGUCUGAUUCGAAAGCAGUGUGGUCUCUUCUCUACGACGCCAAUCGGCUGAGCUCUAACUCUAACGUUGGUCCGACCAGUCGUAUGGGUCACACCAUGGUCGCGGACGGGGAUGGAAAGUUCUGGCUGUUUGGAGGUUACUCCCAGGAUAAUCAACGCUUGAAUGAUGUCUGGAGCUAUGACCCAUCAUCAUCCCAGUGGACGCACCAUUCUACAGGAAACGCUCUGGCGCCCUCUGCCCGUAACUACCAUGCAGCUUCGUACGUAGCCCCUGAUAAGAUGAUUAUCAGCGGAGGGCUAUCUGAUAGCGAGGUCCUGAGUGACUGGUGGAUGUUUUCACUGACCCAUCACACGUGGUCUGAUAUAUCGAAUCCCAUUGAUGACCUAGAGAUAGCAGGGCAUACAAUGACGAUGGUUGACGAUAGAACCCUUAUAGUCAUCGGGGGCUACUCACCAACAUUGGGCCUGAUGUCAGAAAUCAUUCACUUUGACACAAAUACGCUGACUGGUCAUUUCAAGUCAUCUCAGGGAACUCCACCGACAGGUAUAUUUGGUCAUUCUGCUGUGUGGCACAACGAGACAAAUACCAUCUAUGUGUUUGGGGGUUACCGAUUCCACCUACAAGCCCUAGCAAUCUCUGACAAGCUCUAUGCCUACCAUGCCCCAUCGGCUGGCUGGAGUAUACUGCCUUCGGAGGGAUAUAAGCCGGAAGCACGCAUGUACCACUCGGCGGUGACCUUCUCUAACUACAUGCUUGUGUUGGGAGGCUUUGCGGAGGGAGAGGAACUCAACGAUAACGUACUGGUCUACCAUUACUCCUGCAAUAAGUGGCAGUCUUUAGAUGGACAAGGUUGGUCCACUGGAGCCCAACCCAGGGCUCUCCACAGUCACGCAGCCACCACCAAGGAUGAUACCGUCUACCUCUUCGGGGGCUACGAUGGCUCCACCUACGGAUCCAUGAACACAGCCGACAUGCCUUCAGAUCUCUGUAACCUGCAUACCACCAGUGAGGGAUGUUUAUCUUCGCCGGGAUGCUCGGCUUGUGUGAUGAGUAAUUCCACCUUGGUUGCAUGCUUCUCGUAUGAUGACGACUCAUCCUCUAGCUGUGAGUCUCCGAACCAGUUGUUGAACGGUACCCUAUGCAACAAUGCAUUGAUUGAAGGUAGGAACUGUAGUAAGCUGACCAUCUGCAGUGAGUGUGUUACGGUCUACCCAUCACAUCUAUCAGCACAACAGACCUGUAAGUGGUGUUACAAUUGCCCCGAUGGUGCCUGCAUCCCGACUGCUGCUAACUGCAUGGAGGAACACAACUGUCAGGUGGAGACCCAGAAAGAGAUCCAUGAUAGAAGUCAGUGUUCUGAGACUAACUGUGAAGCAAGUGAUUGCACCAAGUGUACCACAGGAAACAGCGCGUGUGUUUGGACCAGGCAAUUUAAACGUUCAAGUGAGACAAGGCGCCUCCUGAACUACCGUCCCAUCUAUGACUGGAAUUGCUUCAGUAACCACCUACUCACCGUGGCUCCCCACCACUACAACAUCUCUGCGAUCCCUCCCCUAUCCUGCCCCACCCCAUGCCAUCGGCAUACCACCUGUGGUGAGUGCCUGACUUCGCAGGGGGCCGAUGGGGGCUGGCAGGAGUGCAUGUGGAGCCCUUGGUUGAACCAGUGCAUGUCGCCAACAUUCCUCCACCUACGCUGCGCCGUGGGCGAGUGCGGACCCGUAGCCCAAGGGGCGUCGGACAACUGCCCCACCCAGUGUUUUGCCAACACCCAGUGUUCCCAUUGCCUCCACCAGGCGUGGUGCGGUUGGUGCCCGGUCCCUGGUUUCAAUGGGACCGGUAUCUGCCUGUCCGGUGGUCUGUUGGGUCCUAUCGAUGGUGUAUGCUCUAGUCAGGAGAUUAGUUCCAUCCAUGGUCCUCUACCUGCUGCUGUAGCGAAUGCCACCAUAGGAGGCAUUUCUGGAAACCCACAAUGGAAGUACCUUACAUGUCCACCAGAGGAUGAAUGCACUAACGGCAAUCAUGACUGUGGGGAGAAUGAGGACUGUACCGAUACUUACACAUCAUUUGAAUGCAACUGUAAGGCUGGAUAUGAGAGAGAAAGUGAUGACAGUCCCUGCAAGCCAGUUUGCACCCAGAUGUGUGGUGAUCAUGGAGUGUGCAUUGCCCCUGAGCAGUGUGAAUGCUUCUUUGGCUACGUUGGGCACAACUGCAGCACCGAGUGUCUGUGUAAUGGUCACAGUAAUUGUCUCAGUGAAAGAGAUAGACACGUCUGUUUGGAGUGCCAUAAUAACACAAAGGGUGAUCAUUGUGAGCAUUGCUUGCCGCUGUUCGUCGGUUAUCCAGUAGACGGUGGUUCCUGCACACCAUGCAUAGAGCAUUGCAAUGGAAACACCAACCAAUGUCUCUCAGUGCACCAGUAUGAGGAUUAUCGUAGCACUUUCCCAACAAGACCCAUACACAAUAUCUCAGAGCUGUUUGACAGUGGUCCACUAACAGACGAUGUCUUCUGCAUCGGAUGUAGUAACCACAGCGAGGGCGACCGCUGUGAGACCUGUAUAGAUGGUUACUUCAAACUUGACGAACACUGCCAGAGAUGUGACUGCAAUGGCCACGGUGAUACAUGUGAUAAGGUUGAUGGAGAAUGCAAUGUGUGCCAGAAUAACACCUUGUCACCCUCAUGUCCUUCUGAUAAAUACCCUGAACCAUGCUGGGAGCACCAGUGUUCCCAAUGCCUGAAUGAUCUGUUUAAAGGCACACCUACCGACAGUCAUCAAUGUUACAGACAGAUGCACGUUGAUAAUGAUAUAUGCUUCAAUCCAGAAAGCCAAAAUGAUUGUCCAAUCAACCCUGUACCUCUGCCCGAUGGUGCCUCAUCUUUCUUUGUCAUCAUGCCCAAGUAUUCAGACCUUGAUAUUAGGUUAACGGUUGAUAUCACGUACGGCGCCCUCGAUGUCUACCUCACCUACGACUCGGACGUCUUCAUAGUAGAGUAUGAUGAGGAAACCCAGGAGCAGAUGAUUCGUAUUGAUGAGAACUAUAUCAGCGCAGCUAUGCAACGAAAGAGGAGGUCCAUUCAAGAGAUCAUCGCACCAAGCAGGGAGCGUCGAUCAUCCAACUCGUCAAUCUCAACGACAGUAGACCCCGACCAGAGCGAACUGAACGAAAUCGAGUCGCACGGCUUGAACACAUUCAUCAGCAUCGAGGACGAGCACUUCAUCACGCUCGUCCAAAACCUCCAGAACAGGCUCGUUAUCACGUUCCCGAAGCGCUACCACACCUUGACCUCGCGCCGCUUCUACAUCGCCCUGAUGGGACGGGGCGUCGAGGACCAAAACGCGACGCAGGGCAUCAUGUAUUUUCGUCAGGACCAACCCCAUAUCGACCUCUUCAUUUUCUUCUCCGUCUUCCUUUCCUGUUUCUUCCUCUUCUUGGCGUUCCUGAUCGGCAUCUGGAAAGUAAAGGUUGGUGUGGAGGCGCGCCAACACAGACGCAUGCAUCUCCUGGAGAUGGAACACCGGGCCAGUCGACCAUUCGGUCAGGUCCUACUCUACUACGAGAGCCCUAGCAUCCAAACACAUCCUGCUUCAAGUGGGACGACUAAGAGUCAGUCAUUACCCAAGAAGCAUCAUAGACUUGGUAGGAGAGGUAAGGCUGAUAAUGUAGGAGGGGGAGCAGCAACUAACAGGGACACAGAGGAAACAGCUCUCAACUCGGAUAUUAUUAAUGAGAGAUUUAUACCAGGCCUUAUAGCUUCCGAACCAACAGACGAUGGCAUGGCAACUGUGGGCACUGUCGUGUUUGCUCUACCUGGCCAAAUGAGGGCGCCAGUUAGAGCGUGUCUCGGGUCGGCCCUCGUCACGCUGAAAACCGUCGCGAAGCAGACGCAAGACUCGCAAAACACCACGCGGCAACAGAGGCAAGGAAAGAACAUGAAAUCAGCUAUUUUGUGUAACACAAAUAACAGAAGAUAGUAUACUAGAAUUCUCUAUUUUGUAUAUUUUAUGUAAAAUCUUGAAGAUGUAAUAGAAUUUUAAAGAUACUAAUACUUUGAUGACUCAUGCACAUGCCUAAGGGUGAGGAUAAUGUUCCUAUAUAUCUUAUGUUUGCAAUAAUGCAAAUAGAUUUGUGUAGUAGACAGUGUAUUGGGCCCUGUCUUGCAAAGAGUUGUGAUUGAUCCGAUCAAUCGCAACUACGGAAAGCCAGCAAAGUCAACAUAUAAAAUGCAUGUUUGUUCAAAAAAAUUUCUAGAUAUGAAUGUAUAUACAUAAAUUCAUUGAUUUCUUGACAAUUUGGUGUGUUCUUCUUUGUUAACAAAGGAUAUUUUGCAAAUUUCCUGUAGAAAAAAAUACGACACUGAUGGAUUUCCAGUGUUACGAUUGCUUGGAUCAAUCGUAACUCUUUGUAAGACGGGGGCCAGGAAUGUUUGUUGCCGGUGUUCCCUAAUUGAGCAAUUCUGCCAGGGCCAUGUUACAUAAAGCUUAGCCAUUGAUCCUAACGCUGAUUUUUGCGAUUGAUCACACAGAGUAAUCAGUGCAAUCAGUUGCAGAAAUUAGCACUGCGAUCAAUUGUUGAAAUUUUGUUCCUGGACCAAGGGGAGCAUAUCAUGGAAAGUUUUUGUCAGUGACUGUCUCUGAUGGAUGUUAUAAGCUACUGAAAUCCUUGCAUCUGAUUGGCUCAGAACAAAUUAAUCAGUAAAAAUCACUAAAAUGACUGACUAAAUCAUUCAUGAAAUACUCCCCAUGUCUAAGUUUUUAAAAUCCUCCGGAAAGAUGCGCAAUUCAAUACUCCAGUCAGAAAAUUAAAUUUAAAUGUACUUUGAUUUACUUAAAUCAAAUUAGUUGGAGUUGUAAUAAAGGGGCAUUUCCAUAAAACUGAUCAACCACUUUGUAUUCCCCACACCUAUAUUCUCUAUUCACUUAACUCCACUGCUGAACUGCUAAAAUCAUGAUAAUUUUAUAGCAUUGAAACUUUGUGUUGAUACUUAUGGACGAUACUGAGCAAAGCCAUUAAGACUCUGUAUUCAGCUCCAAAUUCCUUCUCCUCUUUGACAUUUCAUGAAACUGUGAAGUCACUUACAUCUGAGUGAAUGACUUUGAUAUGACAAACAUAGUACAUGUCAUUGAAGUUGAAAUAUGGUCAUGUUUUAUUAAACAUAUUAAUACUUGUUCUUUUUGUGGCAAAGAAUAUUGUAGCCAUGAUUUGAAUAAGAUUAAUAUAAACAUUGCUGAACCUUAUUUCUGAACAAAGAAAAAAAAAGUAUCACAUGUACAUGUACAUUGUGACACUCUGUAUUCCAUUGUUCAUAAAGUCAUUUGCAAAUUUACGAACAGUUUUAUGAAAUGCCCCCAGAGUUGUAUAACUAUGUUGACCAUGGUUAACUGUGUAUAUCAUUCAGGGUAGUGUUUCAUGGAGUAUGCUGUUAGUGAUUUUCACUGACAAAUUUGCUCUCAGCCAAUCAGGUGCAAGGAUUUCACUAGCUUAUAACAGUUGUCAGUGAUAACCAGUGUUUCAUGAAAUGUUGUUCACUUGGGUGUGACUUGACACAGAUUUAGUCGUGUAUAGUGAGUAUUUUUGUAUUCAUAGCACAGAUAUGUACAGAGAGAUCAAAUCAAAGUGCUUGAUUUAUCUUCAUAUUGAUACAUUGUGAAAUGCAUUUAUUGAAACUGAUCCUAUUGGCUGAAACUUUAGAAUUUAUGGAAUUAAGUAUUCUGUUCAAUGUCUGCACUUUGGUUAUAAUCUAAAAGUAUUCAUUUAUAAGGUAAGGCACUGAAUUUUUACCUUUUUUUCAAAACCUCAUUUUGUUUCUCUAUGUUGACAAAUCUAGGACUAAAUAUCACACACUACAAGUUUCAAUAAACCAAAUUCAGUAAGGUGACUCUUGGGUUUUUAAGGUUUCUCUGAACUCAGUAGACAUCAUGCAUAAGACGUAAUCCCAUAGCGCCCUCCCUCAGAGGAUAUAGGAAUACAUGUAAACAGAGUUGUGGGAAAUGCGCCAGCUGCAGAUCACCAUUGCAUGUAAUGUAAUCGGAUCAACCUCCAAGGUGGCAACGCGGUGACAUAUUUUUUUGGACUGGAAAAUAUGAAUACUAAAGAAGCAUAUAAUUUUGCAUGCAGGUAUUUUAAAAUUCCUGGGCCUGUUACACUUUGCUAAAGCCCCCAUCACACUUAUUCGGAAUCAGCAGGAAUCAAGCAGAAGCUGGAACAAAAAAAUAUUCAAGAAAUCUAGAAAUUUUUGGGAGGAACUUAUGAAUUCACCAAACUGGAGUUGAAAUUGAGUAAAUUGACCAGGUGAAUCAUCAUACACUAGUCAAAAUGAACUGCAAUGGAGUCAGAUUGAUAAUUCGUGCUACAUUCUUGGACAUUCUGACUGCAUUCUGAGUGCAUUCGAAAUAUUUUUGUCAGUUCUUUCGGCCGUCCCGAAGGUUUUGGUCAUGUUCAAAACAUUCAAGGGGUAUUUUCAAACGGUGUUCAUAGUAGAUUUGAAUGACCAACUGGUGGUCGAACAAUAGUCCUUUCAUUCCAGCCAAUUCUGCUUGAUUCGAAAUUGUGAAGUGUGACGGGGGCUUUAGCGAUGAUUCGUAGAACAAAUCUUUACAAUUUAUUGUAUUGACCCUACAUUUAUAAUCAGUUGUGAAAAUGGAAUAUACAAUCAGUUACUAAGUUUUGUGCUGCUUGUUUCGUGCGCGGCAACGGCCAAAAAAAUUUAUUGCCAAUCAGCAAAAAUUUAGCUAAUACAGUAGGAUGAGGGUUAGUAUGAAGUGAAAGUAGUGACGUUAAAUUUCCAGUCUUAUCAAGAAAAUAAUUUUUUACUUUUUAAGCUGGUGUUCACAAACCAUCGUUUAUUCUUUGAUAAUGACAAUCGUGUCUGAAUGAUCAAUCCAGCAUAUGUAAAACAAUGAUUGCAAAUAGGCUAUAGAUAUUUUUUAUUCAAGUGUACGAUUUUAUUUUAUGACAGGUGUAGUGCCAGCAAUGGAACUCUUGUAUAUUUUAUGUGCAUAUUAUAUUUUAUACGAACUACUGCAGAAUAUUAUCAUCACCACCUCUCGUAUACACUGAAACUGUAAAUAUGUAAGAUAUCAACUGAAUUCCAGAGCAAAGUGGUAUUGAGAUUCCAGAUAUUGAUUUGCACUUUAUUGCGACGUGUGCUGUAAUUGUAUGAAGGGUGAAUAGGAUGGUUGUAUUUGAUGAUUAAUUGCAUGUAUAGCUAUAAUGCUAGUUAUGAACUAGUGUAGUGGUUGUUAUAAUGAUGUAGAAGUCUAAAAAUGUCAAUGAAUACUUGAUGGCUGAUGCAUGUGUUAGGCAAUGUUCUUAUUUUCAUUAUAUACGUUCAUUUAACCACAAGGUCCGGAGGUCAAAUCCCACCGCAGCACUCGCGUCCUUUGGCAAGGCGUUUUCUACUCUCCACCCAGGUGUAGUAAAUGGGUACCCUGUAGGAAUUCCUUGAAUGCCCGAGGAUCCAAUCAGGGUAGCCUUGCUAACCCCGGGUUAAUAGUAUGCAGCGCUUAGAGACAUUUGUAUGAAGCACUAUAUAAAUGUCACAAACCGGUAUAUUAUCAUUAAUGCAAUCUUGGAAAGUCGCUGUAUUUCAUGCCCAUUAUAUCCUCUGACUUCAGACAGGGAGAGUUGAUGUAUUCCCCUAAAGCCUGGGCAAUAAUGAUGUUUGCACUUCUAUCAUCUGGAAAAAGUGCUGUAUUUAUCCACUUAGUAUUACUUGGAAUAUUUAUAUUAUUAUUCUGAGGCUCCCCCCCCAUAAAAGCAUUUCAGAUAUUCUUUUUGCUGUGUAUUUUCAGAUGAAUGGUACAAAUACUACUGCCAAGGUAGAAUAAUGUUUUUGUAGAGGAAUUGAUUCUUCACAAUAUUAAACAUUUAUCAUGAAAUUGAAAUCAAUUUUAAUGAAAAAAAUGUCUAAGUUACAUGUAUUAUUUUUUGCAGUGAAAACCACACACACUUCCUAUUGCAGUCCCAUUUGCACAUUCACUAACAGGAAGAUCUUGAUGAACUUUGUGUGAAACAAAAUUGAUUGUGUCAAAAUAUAUCAUAUACAUAUAUAUAUAUCAUGUACAUUUAAUAAGUUUAAUUGUUCUGGUGGGUGUUUCAUAAAGCUGUUCAUAAGUUAUGAAUACUUUACGCACAGCUAGCGACCCUUACUUGUGCUCAUUGAUAUAUGCCUAUCAUGCCUGUUAGCGCCUGAGAAUAUAAAAGUCAAUCGCAACCUUACAAACAGCUUUAUAAAACACCCACGUGGGGGCAGUUUCAUAAAGCUGUUAAGAGUGACUUUAAGAAUGACUGGUGAUCCUUUCUUGUGGUAAAUGAUAUUCACCAUUAAAUGUUCAUUGGUGAUUAUUUAGCGCACAAGAAAGGUUCAUCAGUCGUUCUUAAAAUCGCUCUUUAACUUACGAACAGCUUUAUGAAACACCCAACAGGUGUAUGAAAUUUGCUCAAGCUGUGUAGAUCACACUUUGUGUAUGAAUCAUAUGAUUUCCCUGAUAGGAAAAUUCAUUCUAAACAAAAAACUUCUAUGAUUAACGACAUUCACAAGUAGCUAGCCAUAGUAUUAAGUGUUCAUCAGCCAUCGAGUCUUGUAGAAUGUUAUCGACUAUUAAUAGUGUUUGUUUAUUUAAUGUACUAACAUACAUGUAUCACAAUAUGAUAUUGCAUUGUAUGCUGAAUUAUGGCUCAGUCACAUUUCCCCUACGGCGAGUCGAAAACAGUCGUUUUUUGUACCAGCUACAUAUAGGUGGUUGGAAUAAAUAUGAAUAAAACAUGUUUUCGACUCGUCGUAGGGAAAAUGUGACUGAAGCAUUGUGUCAUUAGUGAAUGGAGACUAUUGCCCUUUCUUCAGUAGUUUGUAGCCACUUGGUCUUCUGGUGACACGACGUUUGCUCCUGGGUCAAUUGCUCUUGCGACAUUUGCUCCCGCAACAUUUGCUCCCGUCUUAAUAUCUCAGAGGGCAUAGGGUUAGAGUUGGGAUUGCAAUGGAGUUUUUGGUUCAGUAUAAUCCAUUGAUAAGGACUAGGGUUUAAUCAGUUUUGGAGCUUAGAUUUUAUGUUUGGCUUUACAUGCAAUGCAUAUUUUCCAUUAGAGUAAUUAUCGCCGGAGCAAUUGUCAUGGUACUGGUCUACAUACUAGCAGAUGGUCUAAUCAGGUUGCAUGAUACCAUCAUGGCUGAACCUACUUUGUCUGCUAUUGAUUUGGUUUAAUUAGUGUGUGGUCCUAUCACCACUUGGUCUAAUUUCCACUUAUUAAUUUGGAAUUCAAGUGAAUAUUUGAUUCAUGAACGAUUCAUCUAAUCGUAUAGAAAGUGGUUAUUUACCACGAAAUGGAUAUAGUCUAAUUGAAAAUCAGAUGAAUGGCUCAAUGGUUCUUAGACCAAAUGGUUAGUAGACAAGCUAGGUUUAUGGAAUGUGGACAUAUUGGGUUUCGACUAUAAAGUGGCAAUUCCUUGCAGCAUAUGGAAUAUUCACCUCUAUAAUUUGUGGAUGAGCCAAUUUAGGAGAUUUGUCUUUUUUUAUCUGUGUGAUUUUAAAGUUUUAUUGUUUUUGUCAUUAAGAAGAGAUCUAUAUUUUCUAUUCAUUUUAAUGCAUUCAAAAUCCAUUGAUAAUGUUUAUGACUUGAUGAUAUCAAUUUGUUUUGCAAUUCUUUGUCUUACCUUAAUAAACAUCUCUGACAUGGAAA